CACCGGACGUUUAAACUGAAAGCGAUAAUCUACAGCUAUGUUGGAAGAAAGCGCUUUGGAAUACAAGAACAUGGAGUUAGAGGAGGAAAGAUCACAGUGGUGGAGAGAAGACACAUCUGUCAGGGAUAUAAAGUCUACUCGCAGUCGUUGUUGGCGCUCCAAUGUCUGUUCCAUCAUCUGUGUUACGUUACCACUGUUUCUGAUUCUUAUCAUCAUGGUGUCUCUCAAAUCUAAUCAACAGGAUAACAUGUUAAAAGAGCUGGAGACUAAGGCAGACAACAUGGCUUCUGCUUUACACUCACUCCAAUCCAAUCUUCAACAAACAGCACCUCAUAGCCAGCAACCUGAAGAGCUGACAGAAGUAAAAAGUGCAGUGACAAAUUUAGGUGCCUCUAUAACCUCACUGUCAUCUAAAUUACAAGUUAGCCAACAUGACCUAAGGUUGAAAGGGCUUGAAAUGACAAUGAACAACAUGUCAUCCUCGUUAAACACAAUCCUCUCGAGGCUUCAGCAAACAGUCAAGGAAAAAGAUGUGAGACUGCAAGAGCUGGAAACUGUGGUUAACAAUGUGUCCUCCUUCUUGGACACAAUACCAUCUACUUUACAGCAAACAGUUGAAAAAGAGGGCAGGAGGAUGACUGUGCUGGAACAUUCAGUCACCAAUCUCACUGUUUCAACGAAGGCACUUUCGUCAGGCCUGCAGGACACAGCUAGCCAACAGGGCACAACGAUGCAAGAGCUGGAAACUGCAGUGAGGAACAUGUCAUCCACUUUAAACUCAGUCGCAUCCAAAAUGCAGGAAACUGUUGGUCAACAAGAAAGGAGGUUGAUGAAUCUGGAGACUAAAGCAGAUAAUAUGGCUUCCUCUCUAAAUUCACUGUCAUCUAAACUAGAGCAAACAGAUGAGAAACUAAUGACCAUGUUGACUAAUCUGACUGCUGAGAUCAUGAGCACCAAGCGCAGUAAAGAUGAGAUAAAAUAUAGCUGUACAGAAAAUUGGAAACUUCAUGAGACCCGUUGCUACCUUUUCUCUUCGGACACGUUGACAUGGCAAAAGGCUAGAGACUACUGCAAGACACAAAGAGCCACACUGCUAGUAAUUAACGAUCGAGACGAAUGGGAAUUCAUCACCACCAAACCUGUGUCUUUAUACUGGUUAGGCCUCUCAGAAGAUAUCACUGGGCAAUGGAAAUGGGUGGACGGAACUCCCCAUGUGAUGGACAAAAGUCAGUGGGAGGUAGGCCAGCCUGAUGAUUGGACGGAACAUGGGCUAGGAGGAGGAGAGGACUGUGCUAACUUCUCCUACAAUAACAGGCUGAACGAUGACCACUGUUCUCGAGAGAACAAAUACAUCUGUGAACGAACAGCCACUGCUGACUGAACCUAAAGCACAUUAGACCAAUUAGUGCAGCAUUGUGCCAAAAUGCUGAGGUUGCUUCUCUGGCUUAUUGUUGUCCCUCAUCUUCAUAAUGAAAUGAUACAUUUUCCUUUCUCUUUUCCAUACUUUCCCUAUGUUGAGUUUAAUUUUGUCUUCUGAAGUUAGCUUUUAUUUAUUUUUAAUACUGUUGGUUCUGCGUGCUUUUCAGGAAAGUACUUUGUGCUCUGUGCUUGAAAAGGCCUUAUGUCAAAUUUCAUGAAAACUGGUUGUUGUGGCUUUUGUAUGUAUCAACUGUGAGGCCUGAUUUUGUGUAGUGUGGGUACUGGUGUGCUUGGGGCAGCUGUUUCCCCCAUUUGGCGCAAAAUCAUUUAAUCAUUUAAAUGGUAUGAAUCAUUAUUCAAAGUAAACAACAUUUUUGUCCUCUAUAAAUGGACUCCCCUGGUUCAUUUUUCUUUAGUGUUUCUGUAAGCUAUUUUGUUUUUUUAUUUUGAUGUCCUUUUUUGUUUUGUCUUUCUUCAUUAAUGUAUAAACAUGUACAUUGUAACUAAGAACGUACUUGAUUGUAUACAAUCCAACUUUGAAAACUUACAAUAAAAAUUAAAUUACAAAAAA